CUUCUUGGUAAGCCCGGCAGAAGCCGAGGGACCCAACCCAUGGAGAUAUGCUGGAAGAUACAGGCAGCCAAUGGCUCCACUGAUGGCUUGGAUUUCAACCCCAUGAAGGAUUACAUGAUCCUGAGCAGUUCCCAAAAGAUAGCUAUCGCGGUGCUGUGCACCUCUCUGGGCCUACUAAGCGCCCUGGAGAAUCUGGUGGUGCUCUACCUGAUCCUGUCCUCACACCGGCUCCGCAGGAAGCCCUCGUACCUGUUCAUCGGCAGCUUGGCUGGGGCUGACUUUCUGGCAAGUGUGGUCUUUGCCUUGAACUUUGUAAAUUUCCACGUCUUCCAUGGCGUUGAUUCCAAAGCUGUCUUCCUGCUGAAGAUUGGCAGCGUGACUAUGACCUUCACGGCCUCUGUAGGCAGCCUGCUGCUGACUGCCAUUGACCGCUACCUCUGUCUGCGCUACCCACCUACAUACAAAGCCCUCCUCACCCGUGGGAGGGCACUGGUGACCCUGGGCAUCAUGUGGGUCCUCUCAGCAUUGGUUUCCUCUCUGCCUCUCAUGGGAUGGACUUGCUGUCCCAGGCCCUGCUCUGAGCUUUUCCCCCUGAUCCCCAAUGACUAUCUGCUGGGCUGGCUCCUGUUCAUUGCUGUCCUCUUCUCUGGCAUCAUCUAUACCUAUGCGCAUGUCCUCUGGAAGGCCCAUCAGCAUGUAGCCAGCUUGGCUGAGCACCGGGACAGGCAAGUGCUCGGAAUGGCCCAGAUGAGGCUGGAUGUGCGGUUGGCCAAGACCUUGGGGGUGCUGCUGGCCGUGCUCUUCAUAUGCUGGCUCCCGGUACUGACCCUCAUGGUCUACAGCCUGGCCACCACUCUAAGCAAACAGGUCAAGAAGGUCUUCGCCUUCUGUUCCUUGCUCUGCCUUGUCAACUCCAUGGUCAACCCCAUCAUCUACGCCCUGCGGAGCGGGGAGGUCCGCUCCUCCGCCCACCACCGCCUGGUCCACUGGCAGAAGUGCCUGAGGGGCCCCGGGCCUGAAGGAAAAGAGGUCCCGAGGUCCUCAGUCACUGAGACAGAGGCUGAUGUGAAAAUCACCCUGGGGCCACAUUCCAGAGAGCUGUACUGCUCUGAUCACUAAUGAGGUCACGUUCACAAUUUUAAAUAAGCCAAGUCAGAAAUCAUUUCAGUCCCUGGAGGAGAGUGUCUUUGAUCCUCUCAUCUUACUUGAACCAGCCCCAGAGGCCUGGACACUUACCCCUUUUCACUGAGUGCUGGCGCUGAGCCCUGGAGGGUAACCUGGCCACGCCUGUCGGCACACAGUCUGUCGGGUAGCCAGGCCCUGUUAGGGGCGGCAAGGUGGGCGGGAGGCAGGAGGCCUGGGACAGGCUCAUUGCAGGUCAGGGCAACCUCCCCAACAAGAUGGCUUAGUGUCUGCCUUCUCUAGAGACCACGGGAGCCAAGCGGAGCCUUCAGGCUCAGAGCUAAAGGACCUGGAGGAAAUCUGGGAAGAAUGGAUCACUCUCCUGGGAUCUCAGGAUGGCUGGCUAGCCCUUUUUCCUAUUUAAUUGUUGGGUCCACCUUGGUUCUAGAGCUAUGAAAGGCCCUACCUGCGGGUCACCCUUUCCCAGAGAGGGCCAAGAACUGCAAUGCAAUGAGGACCAAGAAUGUUGAUCCACCUCUUGCAGAGAUAACUGACCAAGCCUCCAGUUCAGGGCAUCUUAUUAUUAUGGCACCGGCCCUCUCUGACACCCUGAUAAAUCCCACUCACAACCAUUGUGUCCUCCUAGGUAUGUGGGGAAUACAGAGGAGACUGGAUCGCUUGAGAUGCAGAUUGGUUUUGUGACGACCUAUCUGAUGGUACCACUGGAAGCAGGCAGUGUCCCAGUCUAACCCAACUCCAAAAAAAAGGAAGAUAUUCACAGAGAUUUUAUUAAUCCCCGAAUUGUUCCCGGUCAUCCCUCAAUUCAGCCCCUUUGUCUCCUCCACCCCCACGCCCUAUAAUGAAUAAUAAACAGAGCAAGUGGGAGGAGGGGGAAAUUCCCGUACUAUGUGCCAGGUAUGGUGCUGACAUUCCACAGUCCAUCAUCUCCAGCAAGGAUUCAGCCCCAUACUUUUGAAGAUCCCAGGACACCCGUAUCUUACAUAUCAGGGAGGCUAGGUUCCUACCAAAGGGGCUUAAAGCAGUAGGCAAGAGAAACUGUUGAUGGUGAGGAGGACUGCAGAGGAAUCCUAAUGCAAUUAUUUGGAGCUACAGAUGGAAUAAAAGGAAAGAUAUUGAUUAAACGUGUCUUCAUUUA